UUGUGCUCGUGUCGGAUGGCAAAGAAACCAUUUUUAUACGCGCACAGAUUCUGACUGCUCAUAUCGAGAAAAGCCCACUGGGAACAACCACACCAACGUUUAUCCGAACCAAAUGGCAGUGGUAGCCCGUUUCUCCUGCUGCUUCUUCACCCACCCCAAGAACUCCGGCCGAUCUCCGCCGUCCGAUCAAAUCCCCCUCAACUCCAAUCUUUCCGAACCCGGAAAGUUAGCUUCUCUUCCGUUUAAAGUCGAAAAGCUUGUUUCAUCGUUUGGAAAUAAAUUAGAUGGAGUGUGUGAGAUCCACCAUAUGUUGCCAAACUCAAAAUGUCAGGGAGACAGAAGGUUGAGAUUCCCAGCAAUGGGACUUCUCCUCGGCAAUGCCUUAAUGUUGACAACGCCAUUGAAAGCUUUGGCAGAAACAUGUGAGGCUGACAACUCUGGUUUCAGCAUGCCUGUACUGCUCUUUGUUGCCCUUGUUGGGGCUACCGUUGGUGGCUUGGUUGCUCGGCAAAGGAAAGGAGAAUUACAGCGAGUGAAUGAACAGUUGCGUCAAAUCAAUCAAUCUCUAAGAAGGCAAGCUAAGAUUGAGUCAUAUGCUCCGAGUUUGAGUUAUUCGCCAAUUGGUGCAAAAGUACUACCAGAGAGUGAGGUGAUAGUUGAUCCAAGGAAGCACGAUUUGAUUUCUCGACUGAAAUCUGGGAAGAAUUUUUUGAGAAACCAAGAAACAGAAAAAGCACUCAACGAGUUUAAGACUGCGCUUGAGCUUGCCCAAAGUGUGAAGGACCCAAUUGAGGAAAAGAAGGCUGCAAGAGGUUUAGGAGCCUCACUGCAAAGAUUGGGCAAGUACCGAGAUGCCAUUAAAUACCACUCUUUGGUUCUGGACAUCUCCAAGCGAGAAGGAGAAGACUCAGGAAACACAGAAGCUUACGGUGCAAUUGCUGAUUGUUAUACUGAGCUUGGUGAUCUUGAGCGUGCAGGGAAGUUCUACUGACAAUUAUAUUGCGAGGUUGGAGUCAGACUGAAUUAGCUUCAUAACCCAAAAGCCUCUCUCUAUUAGUUAGAGUUAAUAUGGAACAUCGCGCAAGGGUGCAAAAGACUUGUCAACAGCACCAGCCUGCAGAUCCCGGAUUGUUUUGUUUUUGUUUCGUGUUAGAAGUAGUUCGAUGCAUAAUGCCUUUGGUUUAUCUGCCUACUGUCGAACUCCGCCUGUCACUGUAGUUUGUAGAAAGUCAUGAGUUUUGUAUGUCACAGGAUAUAUGUUCGAUUUGCAAUUUGUCCAAGAACAUGAACUUUCGCACCA